AUGCAAGCAUCAACUAAUAAGCGAAAAGAGGAGAAUGUUGUAACACAGAAUGCACAGCCUACUGAAACCAAAUUGUCGAGACAAACCCGUACACACAAAAACAAAAAACUUAGGUGUAAUCAAAAACAAGCCGAGAUGCUUCACGAGUUGGAUGUUGAUAUCCCUUUGCUAAUCAAUGAUAUCAUCUUCGAUCCAUCUCGUGAAUUAGUCCAAUUCAAAUAUAUAGCAGAACCAGAGUGUAUUACAGAUCUAAGUAGCCGAACAUUAGUUCACUUAGAGCAACUCAAUGACUACAAUGCCAUUAUACUUGCAACUAAUGCUGUAAAUAAUUAUUAUUUUCAUACAUUGGAGCAUCUAUCAUAUCGAAGCGAUGAAUUUUGGACCAAUUUUAUCAAACAUUUCAGGGCUUAUACCAGAAACAACUUGCUCCCUUUUACAAGCUUCAAUACUGCAAACUAUUAUAAAGAUUUAUAUACGAAAUUGAGCAGGCUAUCAUGGGGUUCAUUUGCACCGAAGCCUUUUGGAGUUUUCCUAAUGAUAGCUAUUAAUUUUAAUACCACUAGUGACUAUCAUUGGGAUGAGCAUGAUAAGGCAAAUAGUUUAUGUGUCUUAGUUGUACUAGAAGAUUACGAAGGAGGAGAGUUAUGUUUUCCUCAGUUCCAAAUAGUCAUACAUCUUAGGCCAGGACAAAUCGUAGUAUUUGCCUCACGUUUAUUACUUCAUGGUAAUUUUUCAGAUUUUACUAAAGCUUAUAUUAAGGCUAGAAUUAAGAAAGGUGCUAAUAGACCAAUGGUUUCUGAGCAAGAUCUCAAUAAUGCUUAG